GAGAUGCUGAAAUCCAGCUGGUGUUUGGAAUAAAUACGUGUCACUUCACAGCUGUACAGCAAAACUGAUCGAAAAUGGGUAGAGGUUAUGUGGUUGAGGCUGUUGUGGAGAAAUAUUUCUCCAGUUUAGAGUCUGGCAGUGCAGCUUUUACUACUGGCUUAUUAAUUGGUCAGUCAUCACUCCAGAGAGACUAUGUGGUGCUGUCUACCAAGACUCCACAGAGAGGAACUGAGAGCAGUAGCGGCACGCUGGACGAUGUUGAUAUCGAGUGGGUGACUGAGCAUGCAAAGCAGGUAUCCCGAAUGCUACCCGGUGGUCUGUCUGUGCUUGGUGUGUUCAUGAUCGUUCUUCCAGAGCUGUCAAAAGAAGCCAUGAAUACCCUGCGAAAGUUAGUUUUCGCUGUUGAUAAGUAUUUAGCUAAAGGAAAGCUUUGGGAUGACACAUAUGAGGAUGUCACGGAGAGGGUCGCCCUUCAGAUCUGCUCCAAAACCCGUAAAGUCGUUUGCAAAACGUUCGAUGUUAAAGACCCAAAGAGCUCAGCUAAACCAGCAGAUUGGAAAUAUCAGAGUGGCGUGUCUUCCAGCUGGCCGGUAGUGACGUGCUCCGUUAGACUGGACCUCCAUCUCCCAGUCUCGGACAAGUCGUCAGAGGCCAAGCACAAGAGUAUCAAGGACGGACUCCAGCGGUGGGCCAAGCGAAUCAUAGGCAGCACCUGUCUGAUCAAUGGCAAAGUCAUGGCCCCGGAGACAGAGCUGGUGGCUGGACAGAAGAGAAACCCCAAACUCGGCCAGCAGAAACUCCAAGUGCAGGUCCUCCUCCCUCCUGUGGAGAGCCCGUCAGAGACGAGUGUGUGUGUGGCGACGCAGCCCAGUCCCUCUGUGGUGAUCAGAGGCCAGGUGUCCUGCAGGGCCUACGUCCACUCCAAUAAGCCCAAAGCCGGCCAGGCCAUUGAGGCCAUAAAGAGGGACAUCAUGAACACUGUGUCCUGCAGGGUGGACAUGCUCUUCGACGACCUCUUCGUGGAUCAGGCCGAAGGCCGAGGGUCCGCAGAGGGGCAGCAGUGUUUGCCCCUCAGAGUUUUUGCCCCCGUGCCCGAGGCUGGUUUCUGCGUGUGCGACUACAUGUUUCCGGACGAGAGCUUGGCCGAGGUGGCCGAGCACCUGCAGGAGAUGCUGGACUGCAGCGUGACGGAGGAGAGCAUCUGCUCUGGCCUGGAGGUCAGUCACGUGGAGCCCUCCACUCCAGCACCCGCGCCCACACACACACACCACACAGGCGUCCACCAGGAGGAUACGCCUCCACAACCACAGGCUGAGGCCCCAAAAGACGUCCCCGAAAAACAGACGAGCUUGGGCUACAUGGUUGGAGUGGCCGUGACUGGCGGAGUGGCACUCUUGGCAGCUGUGACCUCCCUGCUUUAUCUGGGAGAAUAACUAUGUGAUGGGACCCAUAUAGACAUGCACUUUGAGGACACAUGGGCAAUGGAAUGACACCGAAUCAUUCAAAUCAAUUUGGAUUGUGUUAAUUUAAGAUUCAAAGUUGCUCACACUUUCAGUUGCAUAGCCACUGUUUAUUGUGUCAUGCCUAGCCUACUCAGUUGAGGUCUAAUAGAAACUGUGCUUGUCUGUGUUGCUGCUGUUGGACUCAGUAAUAAUGUAGAAGAAAUUAAAUAAACAAAUUUAUAUUUU